AGUGCACACCUAAUGCUCAACCGACGGCGAGAUCAAACAUCGGAAGCCAUAUAAAGUCUCCAUCCCGCAAGAACCUUAACAGCACAGCAGAUGCACGGCAAAAAAUGUCGCGCCAGAGUGCAGAGAUUGAUACGGCAAAAAGAAAGAAGAGAUAAGAAAGUAAUGUAUCAAAUCUUGCCUUUAGUUGGUAAGAUUGUUAUUCAUAUCUCUUGAAAACACGCAAAUCACACGCAUUCGAUUUAUGAAAUUGGAAUUGCCGAUCUAAACUCAUCGAGCUCCGUCGAACGAGCUGACGUUUGCGGGAUUUGGACACAGCUAGCUCAAUUAAUGCUAAAUCCAGGAUUGCGGCAUUUCUGUGUUGGAAAAGUUGCUAUAAGCAGUUUAAAUUCGUCGUAAUUUUAGUGUUUUUAGAUGCUUUGGUGGAUUUGAGGAGAAAAGUAGCUUAAUUCCGUCAAUUAAGCCGCGAAAAGCUGAAUCAGAUGUUGUUGUGACUUUGUCGGUCAUUUGCUCGUUGCUGAGUGUGUUUUUUUGGUGUUUUGGUGGGGGAGAUUGUUAGGAGCGUAAAUGAAAUGGAUUUGUCUCAGAGGCAGAGCCUUUGGCCGGCAUGUGGAGUGGCAUUGGCUUGAAGGUUGCGUUCUUUUGCUUUGUUUUUAGUUGAUGUUGAAGAUGGAAAUAAGUCUUCAUGGUGCGUGGAGUUGUCGGCUCCGGUUUUGUGCUGAAAUGCUGGAAAUGUGUGGGAGAGGUUGUGGAUUUUUGAGAGUGUUGUUGUUAUCUCUGAUUUUGUUGCUAUUUUGUGCCGAGAUGGCCAAAUCAGAGGGUUUCUCACUCGUUGGGGAUGAAUUUGUGCCGACGGAGCGUUAUAUCAGUGGAAGACAAAAUGCGAUUGAUAUGACUUCAAUCCCUUGGAUGCGUGGACUGAAACAAAUCCUCCCUGCUGCACUUGCUGCUGUGCCUGCAUAUGCUGAGAGCAGCAGCAUAAAUUCAAAUUAUUCUAUAAUUUUGGCUGAGAAUCGAACUAGGCGGCCUGAUAUUUUGUCCAAAUUCAGGUUGUAUGGAGGUGGAUGGAAUAUUACCAACAAACACUAUUGGGCUUCUGUCAGUUUUACUGGUGCGCCUGGCUUUAUUCUUGCCAUUUUAUGGUUUACUGCAUUCGGCCCUGCCUUCUUUGUGCUUUAUUUCUACAGUCAAAUAAUCAAAAGGGAGAAUCAAGAGCUGCACCUCUCGUACUGGGUUCUACUGCUGUUGAUUCUUUUCACAUUCACUGCAGUGGUAGGAUGCAUAUUGCUCUCAAUGGGUCAGGAUAAAUUCCAUUAUGAGAUUUCUCAGACUCUGGAUUUUGUAGUUAAACAAUCAGAUUAUGUAGUUGAGAACCUUAGGAAUGUCACAGUAUAUCUAACAGAAGCAGAGAACAUAAGCAUAGCUCAGAUUGUGAUCCCAGAAUCUGAACAAAAUCAGAUAGGGCAGUUAAAUGAAGACUUAGAUAUUGCAGCAGAUGAACUUGAAGUUAAAACAACAGACAAUGCAGAGAAAAUACAGAAAGCUCUUGAUGCUCUCCGGGAUGCCUUAAUUGCAGUAGCUGGUGUGAUGCUUCUGGUAGCCAUUCUUGGUUUUUUAUUGACUAUUCUUGGCUUCACGCAUAUUAUAUGUGGGCUGGUCAUUAUUGGAUGGUUCCUUGUGACGGGUACAUUUGUUCUUAGCGGCGUGUUUAUUGCACUUAACAAUGCUCUUGCAGAUACCUGUGUCGCCAUGGAAGAGUGGGUGGAUCACCCCAAUGCAAAUACUAACCUUGACCAUAUCCUUCCUUGUGUCAAUCAAUCUAUGGCAAAUCAAACUUUAUAUAGAAGUAAAGAAGUAACAAGUGACUUGGUCAAUGUUAUAAAUCGAGUAAUAUGGAAUGUUGCGAACAUAGAUGUCUCUCCCUCAGCAGGUCCAAUCUAUUACAACCAAUCUGGACCACAAAUGCCUGCGCUCUGCAAUCCAUAUGAUAAUGAGAUGAAAGAUCAGCAAUGUUCACCCCAACAAGUAAAUUUUACGAAUGCAGAUCAGGUCUGGCAGAAUUAUACCUGCAAUGUUUCCAAUGAUAUCUGUGUUUCGCCUGGUAGGGUAACACCAGAGGUAUAUGAUCAAUUGGUAGCUGCAGUAAACCUUGGUUAUGGGUUGAAGCACUAUACCCCGUUUCUCGUAGACCUAAUUGACUGCAAGUUUGUACGUGAUACAUUCACAACAAUCAAUCAUUCCUAUUGCCCUCAUCUUCACCUACAUACUAAGUGGGUGUACAUUGGGUUGGCACUUGUAUCAGUCGGGGUGAUGCUUUCAUUGAUAUUCUGGAUUAUCUACAUACAGCAGGUACAUCACAAGGAUGUACAUUUCAAGCCAGCUAAUGGAAAAAAGAAAGGAAUGGACAACCCACCCAUAGAAAUGGGAAGUGUAGAGAAGCUAGGCAUCUAAGUCUGUAAUGGCGCAGGACACCAAAGUGAGCAGGAGGUGUGGUUCUAGUGAACAGUGAUGCUCAUUAAGUGGGACAUAAUAUAAUUAUUUAUGUGCCCACAGUGUGGCUGUUAUCAGACAUGUUAGUCAUGAAAGUUCUUAUGAAAAUGCACCCCGCCACUUUGGUGGUAAAUUUCUGUCAGUAUCCAGUACUCAUAUUAGUCUUCAUCAAAUAUUCAUUUACAAACACAUAAUUUUGCUUUAGGGCCGAAGGCCUUAAAUAGUCUGUCGUUAUGUUCUUCAUAUAUAGUACAUCUCUCUCCUUUCUGUCCCGUCUCUGACAUGUACUGAGGCACAGGUGUACAGUACUGUGCAGAAACAUGCAGACUCCUUUUUACUGAAUAAGAUGUAACAUCAACUUGAUGUCACCAGUCUUUGGGAAACUAUCCACAAUGUUCAUCCAUGUCUCGUGUAAUCUUCCAGAAUUUCUAUUUUGCAAUAUGUUAAAAUGAAAGUUGAACUGUCUCAAAGGCAAUCAA